UUUUUCAAGAUGUUGGCAUUGCAGAUUUGGAUAGUGCCAUUCUUGGCUAUUUUCUUCACCUCUGAAACUCUAGGUCAAUCUAUAGAACUUUGUGGUUAUAUCACUCCCGAAUCUCCAACAGUACGAAGUGGUUCUAAUUUCACUGCAAUUUGUGUCCUAAAGGAAAAAUGUAUGAAAAAGUACGGUGUGAGCGUUAAUGAUAUUUUCUGGAAGCAAAAACAUAAUGUUGUUCCUAGUGAACAAUGCACUGUCAUAAACAGAACAGCAUCUAGUGCCACAUUUAUAAAUGUGUCAUCAAGCUUCCCACUUACCUGCAACAUUCGAAUAUUUGGACAGAUUAAUCAGACCGUUUAUGGAAUCCAAGUAACUACAGGAUUGCCUCCUGAAAAACCUACAAAUUUGAGUUGCAUUGUGAAAGAAAAGAAGAAAAUGAAGAACAUGAUGUGUCAAUGGGAUCCUGGAAGAACAACAAUGCUAGAUACAAACUUCACUUUAAAAUCUGAAUGGGCAACAGAAAAAUUUGAAGAUUGUAUAACAAAACGUGGCGAUCCUAUCACCUCAUGCACUGUUAAUUUUGAGCCUGUGUUUUUUGUCAACCUUCAAGUUUGGGUAGAAGCAGAAAAUGAACUUGGGAAGGUUAUUUCAGAUCCAAUUGACUUUGAUCCUGUGGACCGAUUUAUGCCCGAUCCACCAUAUGAUUUAUUAGUCACCAACUCAAAGAUGAUUCCUACUAUCUUAAGAUUGUCAUGGAUCAACACAGAUCAGUUACCUAGUCUGAAAUACAUUAUUCAAUACAAGACCAAAGAUGCUUCAACUUGGAAUCAGGUUCCUCCUGAAGAUACACCAUCUACCCGAACUUCAUUUACUGUUCAGGACCUGAAACCUUUUACAGAAUAUGUGUUUAGGAUUCGUUGUAUGAAAUCUGAUGGUUUAGGAUUCUGGAGUAACUGGAGUGAAGAAGCAAGUGGGGUCACUUCUCAAGAUAGACCAUCAGGGGCACCAAGUUUCUGGUAUAAAAUUAUUCUAUGCCAUGCUCAUGAUUAUAGAACUGUACAAUUCAUGUGGAAGACUUUGCCUCCUUUUGAAGCAAAUGGAAUAAUCUUAGAUUAUGAAGUGAUUCUUACAAGAUGGCAAUCACGUGCACAAAAUUACACAGUUAAUGACACGGUACUGAAUGUAAACCUCACAGAUGAUCGCUAUAUAGCAACUCUGACAGCACGAAAUCUGGUUGGCAGAUCAGAUAUAUCUGUUUUAAGUAUUCCUGCUUGUGACGUUAAAGCUGUUGACCCUGUAAAGGAUCUUAAAGCAUUUCCCAAAGAUAAUAUGCUUUGGGUAGAAUGGAUUGCUCCAAAAGAAUCAGUGAACAAAUAUAUAAUUGAGUGGUGUGUGUUAUCAGAUAAAUCACCCUGUAUCCUAGACUGGCAGCAAGAAAAUGGUACUGUACAGCACACUUAUUUAAGAGGGAAGCUAAAGGAGAGCAAAUGCUAUUUGAUAACAGUUACUCCAGUGUAUGCUGUUGGACCAGGAAGACCCGAGUCUAUAAAGGCAUACCUUAAACAAGCUCCACCUUCUGAAGGACCUUCUGUUCGGACAAAAAAAGUUGGAAAAAAUGAAGCAGUUUUAGAAUGGGAUCCACUUCCAAUUGAUGUUCAGAAUGGAUUUAUCCGAAAUUAUACUAUCUUUUAUAAAACUGGCAAUGAAAAUUACACUGCUGUGAGUGUGGAUUCAUCCCACACAGAAUAUACGCUGUCAUCCUUGAGUAGUGACACUUUGUACAGAGUUAAAAUGGCAGCAUACACUGAUGAAGGUGGAAACGAAGGUCCAGACUUCACUUUCAAUACACCCAAGUUUGCUCAAGGAGAAAUUGAAGCCAUUGUUGUGCCUGUUUGCUUAGCAUUCCUAUUAAUAACUCUUCUGGGAGUAUUAUUCUGCUUUAAUAAGCGAGACCUGAUUAAAAAACACAUCUGGCCUAACGUUCCAGAUCCUUCAAAGAGCCAUAUUGCCCAGUGGUCACCUCACACACCUCCAAGGAAUAAUUUUAAUCCAAAAGAUCAAAUAUAUUCAGAUGGCAAUUUCACCGAUGUAAGUGUUGUAGAAAUAGAGCCAAAUGACAAAAAACCUUUUCCAGAAGAUCUGAAAUCAUUGGACCUAUUCAAGAAGGAAAAAAAUAGUACUGAGGGACAUAGCAGUGGAAUUGGAGGGUCUUCAUGCAUGUCAUCUUCUAGGCCAAGUAUAUCCAGCAAUGAUGAAAAUGAAUCUGCACAAAAUACUUCUAGCACUGUCCAGUAUUCCACUGUGGUUCAUAGUGGUUACAGACACCAGGUCCCAUCUGUUCAAGUCUUCUCAAGAUCUGAGUCCACUCAGCCCUUGCUGGAUUCUGAGGAGCGUCCAGAAGAUGUACAAGUAGUAGACAAUGGUGACAACAGUGAUGGUAUUUUGCCUCGGCAACAGUAUUUCAAGCAGAACUGCAGUCAACAUGAAACCAGUCCAGAGAGUUCACAUUUUGAAAGGUCAAAGCAAGUUUCUUUAGAGGAAGAUUUUGUUAGACUUAAACAACAGCAUAUUUCAGAUCAUAUUUCACAACCUUAUGGAUCAGGGCAGAUGAAAAUGUUUAUGGAAGUUUCUGCAGCAGAUGCCUUUGUUCCAGCUACUGAGGGGCAAGUAGUGAAUUUUGAAACAGUUGGAAUGGAGGCUGCAGUUGAUGAUGGAAUGCCUAAAAGUUACUUACCACAGACUGUAAGAAGAGGUGGCUACAUGCCUCAAUGAAAACUAGUUCCUGUUAGUUUCAGGAGUACCUGUUAAGUAAAGCUAAAAAUAUUUUAUCUGUAAUUUCAGAUAAAAGAAUCUUCACUACUGAAGAUCAUCAUUUGCUCUUAAUGACAAAAAUGUACCAAAACCCAUGUGCUAUUUCCAUUCCAGAUGAUCUGGGAGUCUACUUUAAGCACUACAUAAACUGACUUUAUCCUCUGAAGAGCUGAAUGACUUCCUGCUGUUCCAGGAUGUUUGCACUGAAGAAAAACCAAGUUUGUUUAAAAUGUGUAAAGUAAAACUUGUUAUCAAAAAAAA